CGGGUGACAGUGCUUGCCCACGCCCGGCAGCAUGGACCUCACUGUGCUCUGCCUGCUUCUGCCCCUGGUCACCGUGGCCUGGGGCCAGUACGGGGACUACGGGUACCCGUACCAGCAGUACCACGACUACAGCGACGACGGGUGGGUGAACCUGAACCGGCAGGGCUUCAGCUACCAGUGUCCCCACGGGCAGGUGGUGGUGGCCGUGAGGAGCAUCUUCAACAAGAAAGAGGGCUCGGACCGACAGUGGAACUACGCCUGCAUGCCCACGCCGCAGAGCCUCGGGGAGCCCACGGAGUGCUGGUGGGAGGAGAUCAACAGAGCCGGAAUGGAGUGGUACCAGACAUGCUCCAACAAUGGGCUGGUGGCCGGCUUCCAGAGCCGCUACUUUGAGUCUGUGCUGGACCGGGAGUGGCAGUUUUACUGCUGUCGCUACAGCAAGAGAUGUUCCUACUCCUGCUGGCUGACCACGGAAUACCCAGGCCACUACGGGGAGGAAAUGGACAUGAUUUCUUACAAUUACGACUAUUACAUGCGAGGCGCAACCACCACGUUCUCAGCAGUGGAAAGGGACCGCCAGUGGAAGUUCAUAAUGUGCCGCAUGACGGACUAUGACUGCGAGUUUGCAAGCGUGUAGGUCCGCUGCUCGCCGAGUGCGGGGGAGGCCAGGGAGCCAGGAGAGCCACGUCCGCCUGCGUCGCCCUCCGCUGGACCCCUGGUGCGUCUUCUGCUCUGUUCUUCCCUGACCUGGUUGGCGGCUGCCACGCCAGCUUCCCGGGCCUUUCUAGCGAGUAUCAUGCUUACAAUAACGAGUAUCACACUUACAAUAAAAUCCACAAUUAAAGCGCGUUCUCACUUUCAA